GUGAACUGGUUGACGUGUAUUACCGUGCGACUUUAACCUUGUCCAUGAGGAUAUUAUGAAAGUCUCCUGUUUGUUCGCAGUUUUAUAACCCGUCUUAUGUUAUUUGUGUGUAAACCUUCGAAAAACGAUGAGCAAAUAUAUUCUGCCCGUCUCGGUCUUUGGAACAGUGUUUGGGUCCGCUGUUUUAUUGAAGAACCAUGUUACUGGAGGCCCUUGUCCCAGUAAGGCUAAAAUUCCAGGGAAGACCGUGGUCAUAACAGGAGCCAACACUGGGAUUGGUAAAGAGACAGCCAAAGAACUGGCCAAGAGAGGUGGUCGAAUCAUUAUGGGGUGCAGGGAUAUGGAGAAAUGUGAGGCGGCUGCCAAAGAGAUCCGGGGGCAGACACUGAAUCCUCAUGUUUACGCACGCCACAUAGACCUGGCCUCCAUCAAAUCCAUCCGCCAGUUUGCAGAGAGCGUCAACCAAGAGGAAAAGCAUGUGGAUGUGCUGAUAAACAAUGCAGGCGUAAUGAGAUGUCCAGCAGGGAAAACAGAGGAUGGGUUUGACAUACAGUUUGGAGUGAACCAUUUAGGUCACUUCUUGCUGACCAAUCUGCUGCUGGAAAAGCUGAAGGACUCUGCCCCUAGCAGAGUGGUCAACCUGACCUCUCUCGCCCACAUCGUCGGGGAGAUCGAUUUCAACGACCUCAACUGGGACAAUAAGAAGUUUGACACCAAACGGGCCUACUGCCAAAGCAAACUCGCCAACGUUCUAUUCACAAGAGAACUGGCCCAAAGGCUAGAAGGUACUGGGGUCACUGUGAAUUGCCUACACCCUGGGGUUGUUGCCACAGAGCUGGGGAGACACACUGGCCUCCACCAAUCGCAGUUCUCCAGCUCAGUGCUCAGUCCGUUCUUCACCCUCCUGGUGAAGGGGCCAGAGCUGGGGGCACAGCCUAGUGUUUAUCUGGCCGUGGCCGAGGAGUUGGAGGGGGUUACGGGCUGCUACUACGACGUCAUGAUAGAGAAGGAGCCAGCACCCAAGGCCCUCGACCAGGAGGUGUCCCGGAGGCUGUGGGAGGCCAGUGCCAGGCUGAUGGGGCUGGAGCAGGCAGCAUCAGCAGCAGUGCCAGCCUCAAAUAGGGCCCAAGAGAAGCCCAGCACAGACCCAGACACAAAGAUCAUAGCCAAGCACUCACUGUCAGUGCUUGAGCAAACAAGAAUGAACCCUGGAGUAUGAGCCCUGAUAUGGAAAGAAGUCACAGUGAACGGUUGACUUUGCAUAGGUGCCAUUUUCUCUUGACAAGAGCAUGUACAAUGUGAAAUAAGAAAUCGGAGCUAGCUGGAGAUUUUGAUUAUGGCUCGUGAGACAUAUGCAUAUGCUACAGACUAAUGCUUGAUUUCACCUGCUUGUCCAAUGUCCAUACAUCUGGAGAUGUUAUCGAGGCAAUGAUACAGGAGUGACUUGUCCAACAGCACAGUGAGUGUUGGCUUACAGCCAGAAGAGGACUGGCCACCCCACAUAGCCUGGUUCCUCUCUAGGUUUCUUCCUAGGUUUUGGCCUUUCUAGGGAGUUUUUCCUAGCCACCGUGCUUCUACACCUGCGUUGCUUGCUGUUUG